UUAGACAAACUCCUAGACAGAGAGAGUCAAACUCACAAACCACAGACUCUGAGUUCGUUCUACUCAUCCAGCAAGCCUACAGUAGCAAAUCAAAAAUCUCCUUCCAAACACGCUGCCCAGUCCACUGCAGCAAUCCAGCAGCUUCCAGGGACUUCUGUCACUCAGCAAGCUGCUGUAAGCACUGCAGUCCAGAGCAGUCCUGAGAACUUCGUGGAGAAGAGUGCACAGGAGAGCUCUCAGAGGUCCCCCUGUGAGCCAGCUGUGGAGUCCACUGUCUUGAAACAAGAGGGAAAGGUCCCCAGUCGUCUGGCCCUUGGAAACCGAGGUGGAUACAAUGGGAGAUGCUGGGGUUCACCUGUCAGGCAGAAGAAGAAACACACAGGUAUGGCUAGUAUUGACAGCAGUGCUCCUGAAACCACCUCUGACAGUUCUCCAACACUCAGUCGGCGUCCGCUACGUGGGGGAUGGGCAACAACAUCCUGGGGCAGAGGACAGGACAGUGACAGCAUCAGCAGUUCUUCAAGCGAUUCGCUGGGAUCUUCCUCUUCCAGUGGCAGUAGGAGAGCUAGUGGGGGAGCCCGUGCAAAGACUGUGGAAGUUGGCAGAUAUAAAGGGAGGCGGUUGGAGAGCCAUGCUCCUCAUGUCCCAAACCAGCCCUCAGAAGCAGCUGCUCACUUCUACUUUGAACUGGCCAAGACAGUCCUUAUCAAAGCAGGUGGAAACAGCAGUACCUCCAUCUUCACCCACCCUUCCUCCAGUGGUGGGCACCAGGGACCACACCGCAACCUUCACCUCUGCGCCUUCGAGAUUGGGCUGUAUGCACUAGGGCUGCACAACUUUGUGUCUCCCAACUGGCUCUCUCGAACUUACUCCUCCCAUGUCUCUUGGAUCACAGGGCAGGCCAUGGAGAUUGGUAGCGCAGCCUUGAACAUCUUGGUGGAGUGUUGGGAUGGACAUCUGACUCCCCCGGAGGUGGCAUCGUUGGCAGACAGAGCUUCACGGGCCAGAGACUCCAACAUGGUGCGGGCUGCUGCUGAACUGGCACUCAGCUGCCUGCCCCAUGCCCAUGCCCUGAACCCAAAUGAGAUCCAGAGGGCUCUGGUGCAGUGUAAGGAACAGGACAAUCUGAUGCUGGAAAAGGCCUGUAUGGCAGUAGAAGAGGCAGCCAAAGGAGGUGGUGUGUACCCAGAAGUCCUCUUUGAAGUAGCUCACCAGUGGUACUGGCUUUAUGAACAGACUGUUGGUGGGACCCCAGCGCAGAGAGAAGGUGCCACUGGCUGCAGUGCCAGUGGUGCGCGGGCUGCCUCUGAAGCAGCACGUGGGUUGACAGACAACCGGGUGACCUCUGAGCCGACCACUGUUACAGUGGCAGCUGCGGUAACGGCAGCAGCAACAGUCAUGCCGGUGAUCUCUGUGGGGUCGACUAUGUAUCAGCAGCAUACAAUGGCAGGGCCGGCAAUGGCACAUACACACACGCAAGGCCUCCACCCUUACACCACCCUUCAGACUCACAUCCCCUGUAAUCCCCAGUAUAUUGGACACACUAUCCAGCACAUGCCGCGCCCAGCUGUCUUCCCGGUGCCUGGCUCAGCGUACCCGCAGGGUGUCCAUCCAGCAUUCAUAGGAGCACAGUACCCUUAUUCGGUAACAACACCAUCAUUGGCAGCUACGGCAGUGUCAUUCCCUGGUGUGCCGGUCCCAUCCAUGACACAGAUUGCGGUGCAUCCCUAUCACAGUGAGACAGGACUGUCGCUGUCUUCCAAUGUAGCGAUAGGAAGUGUCCAUGCAGGAUCAACGUUCCCAGCGAUUCAGGGGGCUUCCUUGACAACUCUGUCCUCACAGCCCAACUCCCUUGUUACAGGGGGUUUUCCUGCCGAGGAUGAGCAGCACAGUCAGCCUGUGAGCCCCCAGGGUCUGCACUACCUCCACUCCGCAUACCGAGUUGGGAUGCUGGCUCUGGAGAUGCUUGGCCGAAGAGCUCACAACGACCAUCCCAACAACUUCUCCCGCAGCCCACCCUACACAGAGGAUGUAAAAUGGCUCCUUGGGUUAGCUGCAAAGUUAGGUGUAAACUACGUGCAUCAGUUUUGUGUUGGUGCAGCCAAGGGUGUGCUGAGCCCUUUUGUGCUCCAGGAGAUCAUCAUGGAAGCUCUGCAGAGGCUCAACCCUGCCCAUGUGCACAACCACCUGCGCACCCCAGCCUUCCACCAGCUGGUGCAGAGGUGCCAGCAGGCCUACUUGCAGUACAUCCAUCAUCGGCUGAUCCAUCUCACUCCAGCUGACUACGAUGACUUUGUGAAUGCCAUCCGCAGCGCCAGAAGCGCCUUCUGCCUGACUCCCAUGGGCAUGAUGCAGUUUAAUGAUAUUCUCCAGAACCUAAAGCGCAGCAAGCAGACAAAGGAGCUGUGGCAAAGGGUCUCUCUGGAAAUGACCACCUUCUCGCCGUGACAACAAGCAGAGCUCCAUGGACACACAACCCUUUGCCCUGCAUAGUUGUAGUUCCAUUUACACCAUCCUUCCUUCUGGUGUCUUUUUUUUUAUUUUAGUUUUGACUUGUUGGAAACCACUGAUCUGAUGUAUUUAUACCAUGACAUUCCUCUCCAGCACUGUUGCGUGUUGGCGCUCUGCUUUGCUCGCUCUUCCUCCUCCUUCCCAGUGGGCUGCAGGCUUCAGAAGCAUCAGGAAACGAGAAGGAAGUUGAGCUGGCUGCCCUGUGGUGUAGUCACCGCUUUUUUCCCUGAGCCCCUGGAGGCUGUCUGGCGAGCAGUUUGCAGUGUGAUUACGCACGUGUUAGAGGGGUGGGGGAUUCUGUCUUAAAUAUUUAUUUUGGCAUUUAUAAAUAUGUAAACUUUUUUUUUUUUUUGUAUGGGCUUCUCUUACUCCACACACCAUCUCCUGUCGGGAGAGGCUGGGACUGCUGUGCACAGCCAGUGCUCCCUCCAUUCCUUUCAGCACCUCUUGCUGAGAGAAGCUGAGACUGGAGUAGCAGGGCCAGGGCUACCUCUGUGGCUUUCUGCAGCAGCUGCUGAGGGCAGAGGCUGGAGCUUGAGCAGUCGGAGUCCAUGACUGCUCUGAGCUGCCUGGAGACUGCCAGAAGUGCUUGGGCUCUUUCUCAGGAGUGUCCCUCACUGGACACUGCUGGCUCAUGGGAUGUUUUGAUCCUGGUCGUUCCAAGUUGUACAAUCGUGUUUCUUUUGGCUGAGGUAUUACUCUCCUGUAAUCAGUUUCUUAUCCCUUGUCUCUUCUCGUUUCCUGAUUAAACACUCGUUUUCUUAGACUGACUCUCUUCUCUCUGCUAUGAUGUUGACAGUCCGAUGGAGCUGGCCAGCUGUGAGUCAGUGGGAGCUCCUGUGAGCCCUGGUGGAUAGCUGUCCUGCCUUGGGGAACAGCAGUCCAGCACAAGGCAGGUGGCCAGAGCUUUUAUACAAGCUGUGAGCCAGAAGUUCCUUGCCUGGUACUGCUCUGAGAAUGACAUGCCUCUGCAGAGGCUGAGGUACGUGCAGACUGGGUCGUUGAUGGGUGUCAGGGGAGUUGGUGGUAAG